UGAUUUCCUGCAGUAUGUUUGUCCCAUUUGAGUCGCCGUAGCUGCAGAGGACGUAGCAGCGCGGGUUUGUGAAUGAUAUUUCGCGGGAUAUCAGAGAGUUAGCUGCAGGUUGUCUGUCCUCAACACUAACACAUAACAGCCUCUAAAUUCAUAACAAGAUGAGUUUGUGGGUGGAUAAAUAUCGACCGACUUCUCUCGGGAAACUCGACUAUCAUAAAGAUCAAGCAUCUCAGCUCAAAAGCCUGGUUCAAGGUGGCGACUUUCCGCACUUGUUGGUGUACGGACCAUCAGGCGCAGGGAAGAAGACCCGCAUCAUGUGCCUGCUGAGGGAGCUGUAUGGCGCUGGGGUGGAGAAGCUUCGCAUAGAGCAUCAGACCAUCGUGGCUCCCUCAAAGAAAAAAAUCGAGAUCAACACAAUAGCCAGCAACUACCACUUGGAAGUAAACCCAAGUGACGCAGGAAACCAGGACCGUGUGGUGAUUCAAGAGCUGAUUAAAACGGUGGCUCAAUCUCAGCAGAUCCAGUCAAGCACCCAGAGAGAGUUUAAAGUCGUAUUGCUCACAGAGGUGGACAGGCUCACAAAGGAUGCCCAGCAUGCAUUGCGUCGUACAAUGGAAAAGUACAUGGCCACCUGCCGUCUCAUCCUCUACUCUAAUUCCACCUCCAAAGUGAUCGGGCCCAUUCGGAGCCGUUGUCUGGCCAUCAGAGUUCCUCUGCCUAGCACAGAAGAGGUUUGUAACGUUUUAACAUCAGUCUGUAAGAAGGAGGGUCUGCUUCUCCCACCUGAGCUAGCCAAGCAAAUUAGUGAGAAGUCUGGCCGCAACCUUCGCAAAGCCCUUUUGAUGUGUGAGGCCUGUAGAGUGCAGCAGUAUCCAUUCUCAGUGGAUCAAGACGUCCCAGAGACGGACUGGGAGGUUUACCUCAGAGAAACGGCAAAUGCCAUCGUCAGCCAGCAGAGCCCUCAGAGGUUGUUGGAGGUCCGAGCCCGGCUGUACGAGCUGCUGACUCACUGCAUCCCUCCUGACAUCAUCAUGAAGGGUCUGGUCAGAGAGUUGCUGAAUAACUGCGAUGGUCACCUGAAGACAGAAGUGGCCCACAUGGCAGCUUACUACGAACACAGACUACAGCUGGGCAGCAAAGCUAUCUACCACCUGGAGGCCUUCACAGCCAAGUUCAUGGCAAUCUACAAGAAGUUCAUGGAAGAUGGUUUGGAUGCCAUGAUGUUUUGAAUCUGAAUGGACUUAAACUCAGAUACUUUUCCCGAUGAGGUUCAACAGCUCUUACUGAUAUGUCACUUUUUCUCACUAACAACUUUUAUCAGUGACUAUUAUGGUGAUAAUGACUUAUUUCACCUCACCAACUUGGCUCUUUAUAAAAUGUGUAAACUUUGAAUUGUUGAUCCAGUGGUGUAAGAUACUUAAGAGCAGUUUGAUAGUGGCGUGAGUAGGUCAUAAUUUGUAAAAAUGUAGAUCAUAAUAAUAAAAUAAAUGUCUUGUUU